AUGUGCGAACCAGAAAAAAAGUCCCCAAAAGGGCCAAUAGAGCUCCCAGAUACCAGCAUUGCCAUGAAGCCGUCAACAAAUGGCCAAAGAAUGAGGCUCUUUGGGAUUAUCGCCGUUCUAUUUUUCUCUGUUUUCUUGACACUGCUCGAGCCUGCUAUUCUUCUCACACUCAUCCCCCGUAUUUCAAGCGACUUCGAUGAUAGUGAGCAUGCUGGGUGGUAUAGCUCUGCCUACGUUUUGACAUUUGCCAGCCUUCAACCCAGCUGGGGGAAAAUCUACCGUUGCUUUUCUUUAAAACCCGCAUUUCUCAUCUCCCUUCUUAUCCUCGGACUUGGUUCGAUUAUCUGCGGAGCUGCGGCUAAAUCAAAUACAUUCAUUGCUGGCCGCGCAAUUUCAGGAAUAGCCGGAGGUGGGAUCAUAACCGGUGCUUAUACCAUUAUCGGGCACACCAUUAAAAAUGAGCGCCAACGCUCCUUAUAUAUCGGUAUCCUUGGUGCAGCAUUUGGCAUAUCGAAUAUUGCUGGUGCAUACAUCGGGAAGCUGUUCCUUGGGGCCAUGUCUUAUAGAUGGGUAUUUUAUGUCAACACCGCUAUUGGAAGCCUGUGUUUUAUUGCUUUGUUGCUUUGUUUCGCGAUAGUUCCAGCGGCUGUCCCACCGUCAACAUCACGGAGAGAAAAGCUACUCUUGCUCGACCUUCCAGGGUUUGUUACCGUAUGGCCUUCGAUGGUCUGCUAUGUUGUUUCUAUGCAAUCAAGGAAAGGGGUGGAUUCGUGGAGCAGAACAAUCACUACUGUCACUCGUUUUGCAUUUGGGGUCCUUUUAGCUACCUUUUUCCUGUCUCAAUGGUGGAGUGGAAAUUAUGCGAACAUCAGGCUUCGCCUUUUUGCUACUCGCGAUACGGCUGCAUGUUCUGCCUUUACAUUCUUUCUCGCAGGAGCUUUUGCUACCCAGCUAUACAACUUGCCGACAUAUGCGCAGUCCCUCAGUGAAUUAUCUGUAGCUGAUUCACGGAUCCGUAUGAUACCGUUGAUGGUUGGCGUAUCAUCUUCCUCAAUACUUUCUGGCUACUUAAUGGGCAAAUUCAGAUAUUAUACACCAAUGCUGGUCAUUGGAGCGAGCUUCACAAUCAUCGGCUGUGGUCUCAUCUACACCCUGGACGCCACAACGACAGCGUACAGAUACGCAACAUACCAAGUUAUCACCGGAAUUGGAAUCGGUGCUGCCCAACAGCUACCUAUUAUGGUGAACAUGAGCGCGGUUAAAAUCGACGAUCUCUCGACAAUCAUCGCUGCAACAUUCUUUCUGCAAUCAAUUGGAGGCUUCUUCUUCAAUCAGACAUCUCAAGUUGCAUUCGUUGGCAUACUACGGAAACUCACAGCAACAAGCACUGAUCCCAAGGUAGUCACAGCCAUUCGGUUUCCAAUCACUUCUUUACGUGAUGAAUAUACAGGUGCAAAUUUGAUACAGGUCCUGGAGGCAUACCAUGAAGGGAUCAAGGGCGUCUCUAUAAUUGGGAUAACCGCUGCUGGAAUGGCUCUGGUUCUUUCGAUUUCUCCUCAGUGGAAAUCGCUUUACGAGUCCAACUGA